AUGGAACUGAUAGCGGACGACACGGUGGGGCAGCCCGCGGAUGCGAGCUUUCUUUCCGUGAGGAAGCAGCACCACGGUGGGCUGCUCUACGAGGUGAACUCAGUCGAGACGAUGAAAUGGCUCAUGGAGCAAGCGAACAUGGAUGCGUUCGUGCGCUCGUUCGGGGCUGAGGCGCAGAUACGGGUACGCCCGUGGAAGCUUACCUUCCCCAACGUCCCCGUGAUGUUCACGCCAUGCGAGAAAGAAUACCGCGCGCUGGAACGAGAGAAUGGUUGGACUGAUCGCGCGGUAAUGGUCGCUCACUGGAUCAAACCUCUGGACAAGCGAAAGCCUAACCAAAGGACUGCGUUCCUACUGAUUCAAUUCCGCACGGAUGAGGCUGCUAAUGCAGCCAUCCGCGACGGGAUGCUGUACAUGGGUCGUAGGAUCAAACCAGACCGCCGCAAGAGGGAGGUCCGACGCUGCCUGAAGUGCCAGCACUUCGAGCCGGCUCACCUCGCGGCAGCCUGCAAAGGCGAGGACACCUGCGGGACUUGCGGUUCCAAGGAACACAAGACCCAGGCCUGUUACGUCCCAGAGGGACCCGAGCGCUUCUGUGUCAACUGCAAUGAGCACGGCCACGCGUCGUGGGAACGCGAAUGCCCGACGUUCCCCCGGGAGGGCUCGACUUCGUCGAUGCCCUGCGCAGACCUCCUCGUGGUCCCGGGGGGUUAG